CCCGCCCGGCACCCCUCGGCCCCGCUCGGCCGCGCUCCCUCAGCCACCGCCAUGGCCCGCAAGAAGCUGCACCGGCCCAUCGCCGCCAUGGCCAAGAAGAUCCGCGAGUACCGCGCGCUGAAGGAGCGCCCGCGGGACUCUCAGCGCUUCGCCCUGGACUAUGAGACCAUGCGGCGGCCGCUGACGCAGAAGCGGCUGCCGGUGCGGGCCUGGGAGGACGUGCGGAACGAGAACCGGCUUUUCGCGCUGCUCUGCCGCCUGCCACGCUUCGGCGUGGGCCGCACCGUCACCCGCAAGUCCUGGCUGUGGGCGCACGACGAGCCCUGCUACUGGGUCAUCACCAAGGUGAAGGCGGACUACACGGCCGAGAACAUGGACCAUGGAAGAGCCUGGGGCUACCUAACCUUCAGAGGCAAAACUGAAGAGGAAGUGAGAGAGAUUGACAAAGUCAUGUACCAUGACUGGCGUAUGGUGCCCAAGCACGAGGAGGAGGCCUUCAAGAAAUUCACCCCAGUGCCUGAGGAGACUGUUCGGUUCCUCCCGUACCCGCCGCUGCUCCGAGCCAUGAUCCUUGCCCAGUGGCAGAAGGAGGGAAAACCAAUCACAGAGGAGCCAGUUAUUGAUCUGCAGAAGGUCCUGGCCACUCCCCGAGAACGGGCAAAGAAAAAAGCUACAGGGACACCUGUAUAAAGACUUUUUCUGUGUCCCGAGCUUCCUACAUGCCUCUCACUGCCUGUAGGAAGCCCAAUGCAUGGGGACGUUACAGAGACCCCUGUGCCCACCAUGGUAGGGUGUAGCCAGGUUCCCUGGCUUUCUCCCCAGCCCUGUACAGUCACCUCAUCUCAAAGGGAAGAUGUAGAUAUAUUCAGACUCCUUUUCCAUAACAUUGGUCUCAGUCAGCAGAGGAACCUUCUUGGUUCCCUGAGUAGUCUCUGAAUACACAGCUCCUGUCAGCCAGCUGCAAUUCUUUGGAGCAUAGUUUUCUUUACAGCCUGAAAAUUAAUCUUUUGACAACAUUUUUUAGAUAAUUUGGGUCUUGCAUGAAUCACAGGGAAAUGACUAAUAAUAUCACAGUAUUUCACAGAGCUGUGAAGAAAUGUAUCUGCAAAUGAAAAUAAAUGUUGUCUUAAUUCUGCAGCACA